UUGAUAUUAAUCGCGAUUCGUGUCCAAAAAUUAAAUAGUCGUUUAAAUAUUUACCUAUUUAAUUGUAAAAUUUGUCUAAUAAACAUUAAUAAAUUCCAAAAUAAUUUUCAAAAUUUAACCAUAGAUAAAAAACUACCAAAAAAAAUGGCUAUAACCAGAUUAGAAAUAGAUGUCAAAAGACUAUUGUUGGUUUGUGAAGAAAUGGCUCAAAAUAAUUCAUCUGAUGAUUGGCGGUUAAGCAAAUAUAUAGAAGCUGUCAGUGAAAUGAUUACAGAAUUAAUUAAAAAAAGUGAUCCAGACAAAGAUGCAAUUAACCAGUAUACAAAACGAAUGGAAUUCCUGAAAGGAUUUUUGAAUACUAAAGAAAUUGAAAAUCCAGAAAAGAAAUUAGUUGCACUGGAAAUGUUGGAACCUGUACAGGAGUCUAAUAGCCGUUCAAAAGAUAUUAAGCAAAAGUAUAAAGUCACAUAUACAAAACAAUUGAGAGAUGAACUUCUUGGAAAUGAUACAAAUGAAUUCAGAUCAUCUAGGCAGCCAGAUGUAGAUAGUAGUGAUAACUUGGACGAACUAUUGAGACAUCAUCAAAAUAAACAGGAAUCUAUUGCUGAAGAACUGAUAGCAAUAACUCGUGGUUUACGAGAACAUUCAGAACUUGCUGGAAAAAUAAUUAAAAAAGACAUUGAAAUUUUAGAAAAAUCAUCAAAAGGUAUGGAUGCCAACUUUGAAAAUUUAAAAAGAGAAGAACAGAGGUUAUCGGAGUUUGUAAGAAAAAGCACUUGGAGGUGUUGGAUAUGGGUUUUAGCUGUUGCUAUGGUUGCAAUUUUUAUAAAAAUGAUUUUAUUCAUCAAAGUGACCAAAAAAAAUUAGUGAAAUUAAAUUACCUGUGCACCUUAAAGUGAUAUAAUAUUGCAAUUAAUUUUGUAUUGGCUGUAUUCUCUCAUUAUUUUUGCUAAAAAGAAAAACUUAUUGUCUAUUAAUAUAAUAUUAUGGUAUCAUUGUUAAUAAAUAUAUUGUUUCUACUAAUUUA